AUGAGAUCUUUUAUGAAAAAUACUAAAAUUUAUUUUAGAGAAUAUUGCAAUUCUACUACAAUACAUGGAUUUAGAUAUUUUGUUGAAAAAAGGACAUUAUUUGAAAAGUUGUGGUGGUUUAUCGUCUUCAUUGUUUCUUUAGGAGUUUGUGUGUUGUCAAUUUAUAUGGUUUAUGAAAAAUGGGAGCAAAGUCCCGUCAUUGUCAGUUUUGCUAACACAGGAACACCGAUAUACAAAAUACCAUUUCCUGCUGUCACAGUUUGUCCAGAAAUAAAAUCAGCACGAAAAAAAUUCAAUUUUACAGACUUGGCAUUAAAAGUGGAAAGGUCAAAAAACAUAACUAACUUGGAAAGUACUCAGUUUGAUUACAUGUCUUUGAUUUGUACCAGUCAUUACCGUGACGCAUCUAGUACCUUCACGGUGUCGGAAGAAUUUUAUGAUUUUAUACAUGCAGUAAAACCUAUGUUUGACAUAGAAAACUGCAUUUAUCAGGGAAAUAAACUAUCGUGUGAAGAAAUUUUCAAGCCAAUUUUUACAGAGGAAGGAAUUUGCUACGCUUUUAAUAUGUUGGAUAGAAGUGAAAUAUUUAGAGAAAAUGUUGUGCACUAUCGCAACUAUCAUCAGUUUUUCCGGUAUUCAGCAAACUGGUCUACAGAAUAUGGAUAUACAGAAGAAGCCGGUCUGUUGACAUAUCCACGACGUGCACUAUUAGCAGGAGCUAAAAAUGGAUUUUCAUUCGAACUUACUACCUUUAAGGAAGAUUUAGAUUAUUUGUGCAAAGAUGAUUCCUUACAGGGUUUCAAAGUUGCAAUACAUUCUCCAACGACUUUUCCCACACCGAGUCAAGAGCAUUUUAGAAUUUCCUUGAACCAAAAAGUAGUAGCAGCAAUACAACCAUCAAUGAUUACGACUUCAGAAUCUGUUAGAGCUUAUGAUCAAGAAAGAAGACGAUGCUAUUUUCAAACUGAGAGGAAUUUACAGUUUUUUAAGAUCUACAAUACAGUUAACUGUGACAUAGAAUGUUUAACAAACUAUACGCUGGAUGCGUGCGAGUGUGUUCACUUCUUCAUGCCUCGAGAUAAUACUACGAAUAUUUGUGGGCCUGAAAAGUUAAAAUGCACCCAAAAAGCUGAAAGAGACAUGCAGACAAAGAACUUGAAAAAGAAAAUAGAAGAGAAUAAAUCAAAGAAAAAGAAAAAAUCUCUAGCACAUUGUGAUUGUUUGCCGGUUUGUACAGAUCUAACAUAUGACGUUGACACAUCUCAGACGGAUUGGGACUGGUUAAAAGCGUAUACAGUUUGGAGUGAUGACACUGAAUUUAUAGAUCAGUAA